AUGAAAUUUCCAAUCGAGACUCCAAGAAAACAGGUGAACUGGGAUCCGAAAGUGGCCGUUCCAGCAGCAGCACCCCCGGUGUGCCAGCCCAAGGGUGCCACUAGCGGGCACCACGCGGCCCCGCGCCUGUCCGUCUCCUCCCGAGCCACGGUGGUAGCCAGAAUGGAAGGCGCCCCCCAGGGGGGCCUGCAGACCGUCAUGAAGUGGAAAACGGUCGUUGCCAUCUUUGUGGUCGUGGUGGUCUACCUCGUCACGGGCGGUCUGGUCUUCCGGGCGCUGGAACAGCCCUUCGAGAGCAGCCAGAAGAACACCAUCGCCUUGGAGAAGGCAGAAUUCCUGCGGGAUCAUGUCUGCGUGAGCCCACAGGAGCUGGAGACGCUGAUCCAGCAUGCCCUUGACGCUGAUAAUGCAGGAGUAAGUCCAAUAGGAAACUCUUCCAACAACAGCAGUCACUGGGACCUUGGAAGUGCCUUUUUCUUUGCUGGAACUGUCAUCACCACCAUAGGGUAUGGGAAUAUUGCUCCGAGCACUGAAGGAGGCAAAAUCUUUUGUAUUUUGUAUGCCAUCUUUGGAAUUCCGCUUUUUGGUUUCUUAUUGGCUGGAAUUGGAGACCAACUGGGAACCAUCUUUGGGAAAAGCAUUGCAAGAGUGGAGAAGGUCUUUCGAAAAAAGCAAGUGAGCCAGACCAAGAUCCGGGUCAUCUCAACCAUCCUGUUCAUCUUGGCCGGCUGUAUUGUAUUUGUGACGAUCCCUGCUGUCAUUUUCAAAUAUAUCGAGGGGUGGACAGCCUUGGAGUCCAUUUACUUUGUGGUGGUCACUCUCACCACAGUAGGCUUUGGUGAUUUUGUGGCAGGGGGAAACGCUGGGAUCAAUUACCGGGAGUGGUAUAAGCCCCUAGUGUGGUUUUGGAUCCUUGUUGGCCUUGCCUACUUUGCAGCCGUCCUCAGUAUGAUCGGAGAUUGGCUACGGGUUCUAUCCAAAAAGACAAAAGAAGAGGUCGGUGAAAUCAAGGCCCACGCGGCCGAGUGGAAGGCCAACGUGACGGCCGAGUUCCGGGAGACACGGCGGCGGCUCAGCGUGGAGAUCCACGACAAGCUGCAGCGGGCGGCCACCAUCCGCAGCAUGGAGCGCAGGCGCCUGGGCCUGGACCAGAGGGCCCACUCGCUGGACAUGCUGUCCCCCGAGAAGCGCUCCGUCUUCGCCGCCCUGGACACGGGCCGCUUCAAGGCCUCAUCCCAGGAGAGCAUCAACAACCGGCCCAACAACCUGCGCCUGAAAGGGUCGGAGCAGCUCAACAAACACGGGCAGGGCGCCUCGGAAGACAACAUCAUCAACAAGUUCGGGUCCACCUCCAAGCUCACCAAGAGGAAAAACAAGGACCUCAAAAAGACCUUGCCCGAGGACGUCCACAAAAUCUACAAGACCUUCCGGAAUUACUCCCUGGACGAAGAGAAGAAGGAGGAGGAGACGGAGAAGAUGUGCAACUCAGACCACUCCAGCACGGCCAUGCUGACUGAGUGCAUCCAGCAGCAGGCCGGGAUGGAGAACGGGCUGGUCCCCACGGACACCAGAGACCAGGAACUCGAGAACAACGCAUUACUUGAAGAGAGAAACUAAAUGCUGAGGACCUUGGACUUGACCAAGCGUCGUGUUUUUUAUAUUCACCCUGAGACACGUGCCUUAAACAGACUUCUCGUUAGUCCGAAAUUACAUAGCAUCGAAGAAUAUAUUUCACUGUGCCAUAAACGACUGAGAUGAGAAAGAUCGCUCUGCCAAAAGGAGUCAAAGAACAAGGACUGCACUUCUGGCGGCGGCCGCAGGACACUGGGGGAGUGUUCGCACACGCAGGAGGUCGUGGCCGCAAGUGUUAAGGGCGUGUCUGGGACGGUGCUUGCACCCCUGUGUGGUGCCACCCCGGCCCCAGCAUGUAGAAAAGGGCAGCUAUUCCUUAGACCAGCCUUCUGAAAGGAACAGAUGUGUCUCCUAAGUGGAGUCUCAUUUUCCGAACCUACCGUUAGAGAUACGUGCACACACAGAAGGGGACCAGAUGGGGGGUGAACGAGUACCUGCAGGGAGGGUCUGAGUUGGCAUUUUGGCAUGUUGCUCCGAGCUUGAGUUUUGAUACAAACCCUUCAGGGCGCACCUACUCUUUCUAGGCUCCAAAUGAGCGUCUGUGGGACCUGAGAGCACGUGGAAUUUGUUGGCAACGGAUCAGAGCACACGUAUUCAAAGGUGCAAUUGCUUUCCUCAUUACAAAAGAAAAAAAAAAUCACAAAUGCAUCACACUGUGGAAUACCACCUUAACCAAUGACAGAAGCCUACUGAACUUUGUGUUUUCGACGAACGAUGAAAAAAGUGAACCCGCGAGCAUCGGCGGACACUCGGCCUCAUUUGCUGCAUGGUUACGGGCACAACAUCAUGCAUUUUCCUCAGUGGGUGCAGUGGUGAAAAUAAACUGGUUCUGAAACGUUCACGUUCACUUUUCUAGUGGAACUUCGGUUAUAAGUCGUUUUGAUAAGAGGGGGAAAAAAUACCAAAACAAUUGCCUUGCAUGAUGCCAGUGGCUUGCUGUUCUGUCUAGCUGAUCCUAAUUUUUUUACAAAAAUAGACAUCCUGCAUGUCUGAGACAUACCAAGGAGGACCAUGGCAUCAUUCCAUCUCAGGGCUUUUUGUCCCUUUGGGUGUCUUAAGGUAGACAUAGUGACGAGGUCCAGUCCUGCUAUCUCCAAACGAAAGAAAGAUUCCCCCAACAACUCUUGUACACGAAGAUUGAAUUGUUUUAAAAUUGCCUGCAGCUUAAGUGCCAUUAAUGCCAUUUACAAAUAAUGCUUAAAAGAAAUAUUUACAACAUUCCACUUUUAUGUUUGGGUGUUCCUUAUUUUGAAAGCAUCACUUCUUUUCCUUGCUUGUUUCUUUAGCCCACACCUGCUACUCACGAAAGUUGGAACCCCAGUGUGAUCGAUCGUUUCAAGGCAAACAAUAGCAACACCUGAUAAUUGAUUGUUCCAUGAGGUUGAAAUUGUGAAGGAAAGUGGGGGAGUGGCUAGUCAUAGGUUUUGAGAAG